AUGCGGCGCGAGGGGAGGCAGCGAGGGUGGGUGCGCGUGUACGACCGCGAUCUGGUCGACCCGGAUGGCAAGCGCCGCGCGGCGCACGUCGUGGACGCCGACGGGCAGGCCGUGGUGGUGGCCAACGGCGGGUACGUCCGGGCGUCGCGGAGGCCGACCAACCACUCCAAGCCGGGCGGCAGCCGCGCGCUCGACGCGCUCUGCAGGAAGGCCCUCCGCGCGCUCGACGAGGAGGAGGAGGCGCCUCCGCCGCAGCCGGCCGCGCGGUACGGGUACUCGCCGGGAUGGUGGCCGUCGUCGCCGCCGCCGUCCAGGUACGGGGCCGUCGCGCAGAGGCAGGCGCAGGCUCAGCCGGCGCCGGCGCGUUCGGGGGCCGGGAAGGCGUCGUCCAAGGGGGGCCCGGGCCGCAACUUCAAGCACGGCAAGAUCAGCAAGACGUACCUCGACGAGGACGAGAUCGAUUAUCUCUACAACUACGAUUCAUGA